AUGAGUGUAUUAUGGGGCCAAGUGAUGCUACACAGCUUCCACCUCUACCAUGAGAGGCAAUGCAUAUUGAAAUUGCACUUUUCAGAAACAUGUAAAAGUGCGAUUAGGAAGGCUGCUUCCAGUGAUAGGCUAAUGUCUGGCCAGGAUUACGAGGCUUAUUCCAACAACCUAUACGAAAAGCUAAUGUGUGGAUUCCUCACUGGACUAAAUCAAUUUUCCGGCGCCAUUGCGGAACAAGAAGUCACAGAGGGAAUUUCAGUGGCUAAUUACAACACCUGUUCUACUGCGAAUUACAAAAUUCACUACUUACAGCUAAUAACGGGCUACAAGCUGGUGUGCUUUACCAGUCCUGAAGUUCCAUCUCUAAAAAAUAUUCUGGAGAUAAUCUACAGCGAAGUUAUUGUUAAAAAGCUAUUGAUGAAUCCGGAUUACCAGAUAGGCAGCCCUGUGAACGAUUUAGCCAUAUACAAUUUGAUCGAAAAAGCUCUCACCAUUUAG